AUGGCGCCUGGAGAAAGUGUCAGUGGAAGUGGUGCGUUGUCGAAAAAAAUACACUCCACCCAUUCUCAACCAGAUGGAGUUCUCAGGCCUGGAGAAGGUGUCGGUGGAAGUGGUGCGUUGUCGAAAGAAAGACACUCGUCCCAUUCUCAACCAGAUGGAGUUCUCAGAGCUGGAGAAGGUUUCAGUGGAAGUGGUCCGUUGUCAGGUGAAAGACAUUUCGCCAAUCCUCAAUCAGAUGGAGUUCUCAGACUUGGAGAAGGUGCCAGUGGAAGUGGUGCGUUGUCAAGAGAAAGACACUCUCCCCAUUCUCAACCAGAUGGAGUUCUCAGGGCUGGCGAAGGUUUCAGUGGAAGUAGUCCGUUGUCUAGAGAAAGACACUCUGCCCAUCGUCAACCAGAUGGAGUUUUCAGAGUUGGAGAAGGUUUCAGUGGAAACAGUCCGUUAUCAGAUGAAAGACACUCCACCAAUCCUCAAGCAGAUGGAGUUCUCAGACCUGAAGAAAGUGUCAGUGGAAGUGGUGCGUUGUCGAAAGAAAGACACUCCCCCCAUUCUCAACCAGAUGGAGUUCUCAGACCUGGAGAAGGUGUCAUUGGAAGUGGUCCGUUGUCAGGUGAAAGACACUCGUCCCAUUCUCAACCAGAUGGAGUUCUCAGACCUAGAGAAAGUGUUGGUGGAAGUGGUGCGUUGUCGAAAGAAAGACACUCCCCCCAUUCUCAACCAGAUGGAGUUCUCAGGGCUGAAGAAGGUUUCAGUGGAAAUAAUCUGCUGUCAGGUGAAAGACACUCCGCCAAUCCUCAAGCAGUCAAGGUUCUCAGACCUGGAGAAAGUGUCGGUGGAAGUGGUGCGUUGUCGAAAGAAAGACACUCCCCCCAUUCUCAACCAGAUGGAGUUCUCAGGCCUGGAGAAGGUUCCAGUGUAAGUGGUGCAUUGUACUCAGCCCAUCCUCAACCAGAUGGAAAUCUCAGGGCUGGACUCUCAAUGCCAAGAAAUACCGCCAGUCAGUCUCAAGCCAAAAUCACAUCUUCCCAAUUGGAUGCCCCACAAUCCAACACUGAACAUGGAGAUGAAACCGGUUCUGGGGAUGACACUGGUUCUGAGAGUGAUACGGAUUACACAAAAAUUGCACCUUCGGAGGUUUCCAAACGUUUACAUGAGCAUCCUGAGCAAAUCAAUGAAGCCCCAAUGGAUCAGCAUCACAAACGGCGUACUCGCCGACUCUUGGGCAAGGAAGACAAGACAGGCGAUACCCCAGCACAAUACCAGUCACGCCAGUCCACACACAAGAAAGAUCAAAGUAGACGAGAUGGCCGCGGUAAACGGAAAGGAGAACAGCUCCUCGAGAGUAAGGUGACUGAUUCACCCCUGCUGCAGGCUGACCCCAACCGCAGAAAGAAGAGAGGAGACAAGUUGAAAGCCCGUGGACUUGAUCCAAAGGAAAUAAGUGAAGCUGCUGGAGAUAACAUAUCUCCGAAAAUCAUAAAUCAUCUGCUCAGUGAAAACAAACUACAAGCAAUGAAACCUAAACCUUCCAAUGAUUCCAGAACCAGCAACAAACUUGUUGACGAUAAUGACCUGCCCCCAAGCACUCCCGCUGCUUCACCAUUGAACGUUCCCACAGUAACCCACACGAGCAAAGGAGGAGGGGCUCACCAACUGCAUGAUGAGAGAAACAAGAACAUCACUACCAGGCUUGGAGAAGGUGCCAGAGGAAGUGGUGCGUUGUCGAAAGAAAGACACUCCUCCCAUUCUCAACCAGAUGGAGUUCUCAAGCCAUGA